CGAUGGGAUUGCCUUCCAGUUCCGCCUUGGGACCGGUGCCCCGCACAGUUCUCGCGCGUAGCCGAGGUCUCGCUUCGUGCGCUGGCCUUGGCAAAAUGGUGAUAGCAGCGGAGGCGAGCUGAGGAGUUUCCGCGGCGGGUUUCUGACCAUCAGACUUGUCCACAGGAACUGGUGAGGCUGCUUUUCUGUGCAAAAACUGGGAGCUGAUGGGCAUCAUGAAGAUCUUUUGUAGUCGGGCGAAUCCGACCACAGGGUCCGUGGAGUGGGUGGAGGAGGAUGAACACUACGAUUACCACCAGGAGAUUGCAAGGUCAUCCUAUGCAGAUAUGCUACAUGACAAAGACAGAAAUGUAAAGUACUACCAAGGUAUCCGGGCUGCCGUGAGCAGGGUGAAGGACAGAGGACAGAAGGCCUUGGUUCUUGACAUUGGCACUGGCACGGGACUCUUGUCAAUGAUGGCAGUUAGAGCAGGCGCCGACUUCUGCUAUGCUAUCGAGGUUUUCAAGCCUAUGGCUGAUGCUGCUGUGAAGAUUGUGGAGGAAAAUGGCUUUAGUGAUAAGAUUAAGGUUAUCAACAAGCAUUCCACAGAGGUGACUGUAGGUCCAGAGGGUGACAUGCCAUGCCGUGCCAACAUCCUGGUCACAGAGUUAUUUGACACAGAGCUGAUCGGGGAGGGAGCGCUGCCCUCCUAUGAGCACGCACACAGGCAUCUCGUGGAGGAAAACUGUGAGGCUGUUCCCCACAGAGCCACCAUCUAUGCACAGCUGGUGGAGUCCAGGAGGAUGUGGUCAUGGAACAAACUGUUUCCCAUCCGUGUGCAGACCAGCCUCGGAGAGCAGGUCAUCAUCCCUCCCGUGGACCUGGAGAGGUGCCCUGGAGCACCCUCUGUCUGUGAUAUUCAGCUGAACCAGGUGUCACCAGCCGAAUUCACAGUCCUCAGUGAUGUGCUGCCCAUUUUCAGUGUGGACUUCAGCAAGCAAGUCAGUAGCUCAGCAGCCUGCCAUAGCAGGCAGUUUGAACCUCUGGCAUCUGGCCGAGCUCAGGUGGUUCUCUCGUGGUGGGACAUUGAAAUGGACCCUGAGGGGAAGAUCAAGUGCACCAUGGCCCCCUUCUGGGCACACUCAGACCCAGAGGAGAUGCAGUGGCGGGACCACUGGAUGCAGUGUGUAUACUUCCUGCCACAAGAGGAGCCUGUGGUGCAGGGCUCAGCGCUCUGCCUGGUAGCCCACCAUGAUGACUACUGCAUAUGGUACAGCCUGCAGAGAACCAGCCCUGAAAACGAGAGGGUCCUCGAGAUGCGCCCCGUGUGCGACUGCCAGGCUCACCUGCUCUGGAACCGGCCACGGUUUGGAGAGAUCAAUGAUCAGGACAGAACUGAUCGAUAUGUCCAGGCCCUGAGGACUGUGCUGAAGCCAGACAGCGUGUGCCUGUGUGUCAGUGAUGGCAGCCUGAUGUCCAUGCUGGCCCAUCACCUCGGGGCGGAGCAGGUACUGAACGUGCACCCUUGUCAGCCUCCUGAGGUAUUUACAAUUGAGAGCUCAGCAGCUUCUCACAAGCUGAUGAGAAAAAUCUUCAAGGUUAACCACUUGGAAGAUAAAAUUAACAUCAUAGAGAAACGGCCGGAAUUAUUAACAAAUGAGGACCUGCAGGGUAGAAAGAUCUCUCUCCUCUUGGGUGAGCCGUUCUUCACCACCAGCCUGCUGCCAUGGCACAACCUCUACUUCUGGUAUGUUCGGACCGCUGUGGACCAGCACCUGGGGCCAGGCGCUGUUGUGAUGCCCCAGGCGGCCUCGCUGCACGCUGUGGUUGUGGAGUUCAGGGACCUGUGGCGGAUCCGGAGCCCCUGUGGUGACUGCGAAGGCUUCGACGUGCACAUCAUGGACGACAUGAUUAAGAGUCUCCCUCUGUCUCCCAGGCUGGAGUACAAAUGGCACGAUCUCGGCUCACUGCAGCCUCCACCUCCCGGGUUCAAGCAAUUCUCUGCCUCAGCCUGCCGAGUAGCUGGGAUUACAGGUAUAUGCCACCAUGUGCAGCUAAUUUUUGUAUUUUUAGUAGAGAUGGGGUUUCACCAUCUUGGCCAGGCUGGUCUUGAACUCCUGACCUUGCGAUCCACCCGCCUCGGCCUCCCAGAGUGCUGGGAUUACAGGGGUGAGCUACCAUGCCCGGCCCCGAACAUUUUUUUAAGUAAAUUAAACCUAGUGGGUGUUUUCAGUUUGCAUCUUACCUGCCACUCACAGCAGACCUCUGACUGUUGCACGCUUCUAGAAAUCUCAUUUGUGCUGAGCCCCGCGUGCUCUGGAUCUCUGUGCUCUAUGCCUCCCUUGGGCCUCUGCUCUUGACCUUGCCCUGGCUGUCCCUGUCCCCUCUUGCUGAUAGGGUUCUUUCACUCUGGUCCUGGGCCAGUGUCCGUCUCUCAUGUGCUCACACAGAUGGCUGAGAGCAGUGGGUGUCCUGGCGGGGAGUGCCAGGUAUUUUUGCUUUUAUGAUUUCCAAAUUCACCUGCCCUUUGCCACCCUCAGCCUGGCCCUUCCAGUGCCCUGUCUUAGACCUGGUGCCACUUCACACGACCAGCCAGGCCCAGGACCCCAGGCGCAUCUUCCCUGGCGAAUUCUCCUGUUCCCUGCCGUUGGUUUUCAUGCUCCCAGCAAGCCUCCGACCCAGGCUGCCCCUUACUGCUGCCGUCCUGGUCUGGGCCCCUCCCACUCUGGCCGUCCUCCACACGGAGUCCACGUGAACUUGUAGAUCUGAGUCUGGCCACAUCCCCACUUCGGGAAUGCCCCAGAUGGCUCCCCACACACCCCAGCAGAGUGGCCUGGCUGGCCUGGGUGCCCUGGCCUGCUCUCCUGGCUUAGCUCUGUCUUUGAGGCCCCUCUGGCCCUGCUUCUGCCAGCUCCCAUUUACCCACCAGCUCCCUUCCUCCAGGCAGCUUUCUAUGUCCCUCCUGGAUGCAGGUGCUUCCAAGCUGCCAGCAGCCGGCACCAGGGCUGUUCUGUCACGUGUUUAUCCCUCCCAGUGGCCUAGGGCCCACCUCUCAGGGCCACACAGCUGUGGUGGUCACCAAGUUUCUAGGUGCUGGGUGUUCUCACCACUGAUGUACACGCGUGGUCCUCAGAACAGCUUGAGACAGGUGGCACCACCCCAUCUUAAAAAUCUGGAAAGCAAGGCUCAGAGUGAGGGGUGCCUACGGAGCUGCUGAGAGAGCAGUGGCAGAGGGGGAGCUGCUGGUUUGCUGGGUGCUCGGCAUCUUUAUGAGAGAACACACACCCCUUGUGACCGCAGUCAGUGGGAGCCAAGCCGGGGAGGGG